AUGUCAAAGCUUUUCACUUGCCUGGCUAUUGCAGCUACUGCGUCUGUUGCUUCUGCUGUUGUAAAUGAGAAUGUUGCCGAACCCAAAAAGGCUGUUGUUGAUGUUCCAGCUGAUAAUGUCAUGGUCAGACCUCUUCGUAUCAUGGACUUCCAGAUGGAAAUCGUGUUGAUCAGCGUCUUUAUCCUCUACUUUUUCAUUUGGUUGAGAGGAAAGAAGGCUAAUUUGAAUAGAGCCAAGGGAUGGCUGAAUGGCCAAGUGGACUAUCUCCAAAGUCAAUUUGCCCUUGUUGGCGAUAAAAAAUCCAGUGACCAAUCCAUCUUGAUGAUGGAUGGUCCCGACUGCCUCUUGCUUUAUGUUAGCGGUAGACGUAAUGUUCAGUUUGGUCACUGGUGGCUCAAGUUGAAGCCUAGAAAUGACAUUUUGACCUAUUUCAGCACCACAGUGCUUUCCAAGCUCACCUCAGCAACGAAGCCUGCUGCCGACAGAGUUGAAUUGAAAUUGCAUUUGGACAAAGGUUUGGCAGAAAAGUUUGUUGUUGGAGUGGUUAGAAAGGAUUUGGCUACUGAAGUAUUCAAGAAGCGUUUUGAUUUGAACCGUGUCGGUAAAAUUGCCUCCAACAAGGCCAUUGCUUCCUCUGAAUACACCAUAUAUGCCGAGACUCAAAAAUUGGCUGAUUCCAUCUUGACUUCCAAGGUCGCUGAUAUCAUCAACAAAUCUGAAGGUCGUCUUGAAUCUUUGGUGAUCUCUAGUUUACCUGAGGAAGAGCCUGAGAUGUUCGAAACUGACAGCUACAUUACAAUCUCUCUCAACUUUUUGAUGCCCACAUCCGCUGGCUUCGAUCCUCUCGUUGAACUCGUUGGCGAUCUCCCCGAUGCCAUCAGUCAAUUGAGACUUACUGGCGAUGUCAAGACCAAGAUCAACAAGAAUCGUGAAGAGCUCGGUAAAGAAUUUGCCAAGAAGCUUGCUGCUGAUCGUGCUGAAGAAUUAGCUAAAAAGAAGGCCGAAGCCAAGCGUGCUGAAGAGGAGCGUGUCAAGAAGUUGAGCCCUGCUGAACAACGUAAGUGGGAGGAAAAGGAGCGUGCUCGUAAUAUGAAGAAACAGCAAAAGAAGCAAGGAAGAAAGAUGUAG